UUUUAAGGAAGACCUUGUUUACUGUUACAAGAAGAAAAAUUGACUGGAAUCGUUUUUUCGUUACCGUCCUGUAAUGUAUUCACCUCGUAAGAACAGCACUGUUUUCUAAAAGAGAGUACAUUGGAAAAAAUGGUUUAGGAUGUUAAUUGGAUGCUUCUCUGGUAGACAUGAUGUCAAAGAUUGUCUCGUCCGCCCUGCUUUACCUUAUAAUACAGCACGCUACCGCAACAGAUGAUGAACCAUAUGGCUCAACUAGAGGUUGUAAUUCAGCUUGCCAGAGAGAGUGCAUCGAGGUUAUCAACAAAUACCGAUUGAACCAUAAUGCAAAGGGAGUAAAGUUCUCCCAGUUUCUUGCUAACAAGGCUCAGAGAUGGGCAGACGGAGGAAAAUUCGGGUAUGACAUGAAAUCUCGCAGGAAAUACGGGCAGCUAAUCGAGUGGGACGUAAAAGAUGAACUUCAGAAUUUUACAAACGUAAUCAAACAUUGGCACGAUAAGGAAAGAGAUUUUGACUUUGCUUCUGGUCGAUCAAAGACCGGAAAAACCCUUCACGAUUUUACGCAAAUCGUUUGGAAGAAGGCCAAAAAGGCCGGCUGUGGUCAGAGCGAAAUAUUCGGCUCAAAGUAUUAUGUGGUGUGGAUGGAUUCUGAUGGUGUUGUGAGUCCGAAUAUAGAAGUUGAUGAAACAAAUAUUGGAUCUCCCAAGAUGAACGAUCUUCACUGGUUCGAACGAGCUAAUCAGUCGACUAAAAGGAAAUCUACUCAUGUAGUGCCGCUAAGACCACAGGACGCAGAUUCCUCAACAAGGGGUCGUGUGGAGCCUGAAUCACCAAUAAAUGCUUUGAGGGGUGGUGAUGAGCAUGGCAAACCUGCUGGUCACCCUGAUUUGAAUGAAGUUCGAGAAGAGCAAAAGGUGUUGAAUAACAAUGCUCUUUUGAAACAAUAUCUAUUUCAUGACACCCUUAACAAUGUGGUAUUGAAUGAAAAUAAGGAAACUGCUAGUUACCACGUAGUUCCUGGAGCAGAAGACGGCGCCAACUGGCAAAAAGGAGCAGAAAGUCUAAUACAGCUAGAUCAUGACAAGGGGAAUAUGAACCAUACCUCACCCACUCAUGGCAUGACGUCGCUAGACAAUACACCGACGUCAUCUAGUAAUGGUAUGACCUCUCCGAUUAGAGAUGGGGAAGACGAUGAUAGUAAACAGGCGGCUAGGUUCCAAUCCCUGGUGAUCCAGGACGAUGACAUGCUGACAAAAAGUGAAGAAGACGGCAACGGAACAGUCUCCACGGAAGCCAGCGAUAGCGACGAUAUCGCGGAAGGGGAUGAGUAUCAGCAGGCAGCCAUCCAGUCUAUGAUGAAGCAAGAAGACGAUAUGAUACAGAAUGAAGAGCCUGCAGAUGACGAAGAGUUGUCAGGAGGGACUCCUCCACCAGGCAAGGCAACAUUUGGAACCUCAAACAAAGUGGCACCAAACGAUGUCAAUGGCAAAAGUUAUUCAAAACCCUCUACAAAAUCAAAUGAAGCUUUUGUAAUCAAUAUAACCGAGGAUCAUCAGGGAGAAGACGGAAAAUCGUUCUAUACAUCAGGUGUGGCCCUCAAUAAUAAUCCCAACGAGACGAACACAUUUACUGCAUCAAAUAACAAACCUGCUCUUGAUUUAUUUAAGGGUAGCGCUAAUUCGUCUCUUCGCAAUGAUGAAAUAAGGAACCAGUCAACGGCAAGCAUCCGGCCAGGGACUCCUCCUGAUUCGCUUUCGAAAGAAAGGCAUGACAGUGAUGAGAAUGAAGAUCAAACAAAAGGUAGGAUGCAAACAUCAGGAAAUUCCUUAUUGAAGAAUAACAAAACAAUAAACAAGAUAAAGGUAAAUACUUCACAAUCUGCCAUAUUAAAUUAUGACAACCUGUCAAAUCAAGAGAAAACAAUGCAACAAUCUAAAUCAAAAGAGAAUGCUCCGACAAGCUCGGUCAGCAUAAGCUCUAAUUCAAGCAAUGAUAUGGAGCAAGUUGUAAAUAUGGCUUCCACUCCAAAGGCAUCAAGCUCUCAAGGGAAACUUAUACCUGGUGAGAUUCAAGCUGAGAAAAAGCCCUUUUCGUCGAAUAUGCGACCGCGACUAACUUUAACAGAAAUGAUUACACCUGGGGUGAAAAUUAAUCCUGUCGAGAAUUCCCCAUCUAUCCCUCAAACACAUUACACACCCGGACCUUUAGAACAAACAGUAACAGCAUUAGUCAGCCACCUUCCAACAUCUGCGGCCUCAGGAAGUCAGAAAGCUGAACAAUCGAUGCUUACAUCGGGCACAAAACCACACAAUGGUCAGUCAACUGAGUCAAAUACUGCGAUUCAGUCACCUGUUGCCAACAGCCUCGAUGCCAGCUCACAUGACUCUGAUCUUCAUCACGUGAAUUCACCAGCUCUGAUCACUUUGCCGAAUUCCAGUAGCCGGCCUAUAAAGCUCGUUUUCCAUGUUCAAGAUAUGAAGUCAAAAGGGGUGUCGCCAAACACUCAGAUUAGUGGGUCCCAGGGCAGUGAUGACAACCAGUCAGCAUCUGUGUUGAAUGUUGCCGCAGAUAUGGUGAACAAUGAAGAAUGUCACGAUGACACCUUACAAUGUCACCUUUGGGCUCACCAUGGACACUGCAGAGGAACUGCAUACGCAGAAUUUAUGAGAAGACAUUGUAAAGCUACCUGUGGAUAUUGUGGUCUUCCUUCGGUCAUCAAAGAAAGUGAAAAUCACAAAAAAGCCCAAAGUGUGGCUCAAGAUGAACCCUGCCAAGAUAUGCCUAAAUAUCAAUUUAGCUGUCCCAGAUGGCAAGCUCAAGGCUAUUGUGAAAAGAAAGAAAAUGAAAUGAAAAUGGUUUGUAAAAGGACAUGCGGUUUCUGUGUGGCCGAUCCAGUACACGCACCUAAUGAAGCUGUGGUAUCUCAACAUUCUCCUCUACAGGCUAACACGGGUAACACUAACACUGCUAAUGUUAAAGCUCCACAAUUGUCAAAGCCGCCGGCAUCAUUACCAGAAAAGUCCACUGAAAAUAACAUAUCAAAUGAUCAACUGCAUUUAACACCACAGUUUGAUGAUCAAACUAUAAACAUAACACCCCUGAAAGCAAAAGUGUCACUGACAACGUUAUCAGAAAAGGCAAAUGAAAAUAACAUACUAAAUGAUCAACCUCGCUUAACACCACAGUUUGAUAUGCAAACAAUAAACAUAACACCCCUGAAAGCAAGAAUUUCAUUGACAUCAUUACCAGCAAAGUUUGAUAAAAGUAACAAAUUAAAUGACCAACCUAAACUAAAACAACAGUUUGACAUGCAAAACAUAGAAAUUACACCCCUAAAACCGAAGAUUUCGUUGAUUAAAGUCUUCGAGCCAUUUGUAGGAUCACUUACUAAAUCCAACUCUACGAAUACCACAGAGGCUUCAAAGACAUCAUCUAAGUCUUCCCAAGACAAGCAUCUUACUAAAGAAACAGAAAGCUCACCCUCCAAGAAUCAGGAUGACCAAAUUCUUACAGUUGGCGCAAAAAAUAUUCACAAUUUUACUCUAAAAUCCGUUGGUCAGACCCUCGUCCAAAAAAAUAGAACCUCACUUUUGGAUCAGAGUGGUCCUAACACACCAAGUUCUUUGCCUCGUGAGCAGGGCGUGCCCAUCGAGCUUAACAACUUUAUAAAAAGACCCAUUAAAUUUGGUUUGUCUCAUUUAAAUGGAGCAGAACUUCAGUCAAGUCUAUUUCCUGCUGGAAACAGAGUUAACAGCCAAAACUAUCGAUCACAGGGAGAAGACAACUUGAUUAUGGAAGGUAUCGAGGCACUAAAACACAGGCUGCAAGCUCCGGUGCACAUAAGUGCUGUGGCAAAGAGUAACCCAGCGUGUGGGCAAAGACUCUGCAAGGAAAAAGUAAAAACCCAAGAAGCAAAAACUAGAGAAACCAUAGGAGAUCAAGCACUGGUUGACGUUGCAGCUGCUCGCAAGACUGAAGAGAAACCCGUCUCAACAACUGGUUGUAACAGCUCGUGUCAACAAGAAUGUCUGGCGGCUCACAACAGAUAUCGUUUAAACCAUGGCGCAUCACCCUUGAUAUUGGACCAAACAUUAGCCGAUCAGGCUCAACAGUGGGCUGAUAAAAAAGUGUUUAAACAUUCCCCCUGGGCAGGGGGGCAGGGUGGGGAGACAAUCGCGCUGGGUAGCCUUUACCCUUCGUUCACUGCUGCAGUUAAAGCUUGGCACGACGAAGAGAAGGAUUUUGAUUGGUCAACUGGAACUGCCAUCGGAGAUAUGAAAGUCAAUCACUUUACUCAGGUGGUUUGGAAGGGAGCACAUUUACUUGGAUGUGGCAAAACUAUCGUGAAUGGCGAACCAUAUUACAUUGCACAAAUGGAUACCCCAGGAGUCAUAGCGGGCGUACCAGGUUUUGACAAGUCCAACGUAGGUGAACCAAAGGAGCCUGAUCUAAACUGGUUCAUGGACAGUUCGCCUUACUGGAAAGAAAUGCAAACAAAGGAUGCCAUCCCCAAGAACAUCGAGCAUCGAAUAUUGUGAUCGCAGUAACUUUCCCUAAAUAUGCAACGUGCGGGAGCGGAGUAAGUGAAUUAACGUUGUGUGUUACUACUGACGCAUCUGCGUGAACACUUAACACAGUGAUGAGGCGAAUGGCGAGGACAAUAAUGAUCUAGACAUGAACUUGCAGUAGUCUUAAGAAUUUUCUGGAGAAGCUCGUUUUUUACGCUCCUUAGUGGUGCCAGAUCUCCUCUUCAGCGUCUCACGUUAAGACGUUGCCCAGUCCAAGUAGAAAAGUCUACAUUUGUUUUUGAAGUUCUUGCUCUCAGACUAAACAAAAUUUAAACAAUACCACGUUGUUUUGAGGAGGACAGCUAACAAGGAAAUUUACAAAGUUUUAAUACACACUUGAGAACUCUUCUUGAUCUAAAUCGGAUCUUUUGUUUCAUCGCAAGUUGCUGUUGACGUCCUGUUUUGCGAGAGGUUCCUAUUGCCCUGGAAUGACGUAUCCUGGUAUAUUACCAUGGACAUCGUAAACUUAGAAACAAACGAUAUAUGGUGAUUUGUAGAAAUUA